UAGAACUUAUAGAGAAUCCAUUUAUACUGGUUAUAUAUCAGGAUGGGGGUCAGAAGAUCUUGGUUUUACUGCGAAUACCGUAUUAUUUUUCUGUUGAUUUUUUUAAUGCAGUGGAAGGGCAGGAAUUUUCAGGGACAGAAAGAGAUUGUAGAUGGAUUUAAAAUUGAGGCACCAGCAGAGGUGACAGUGCAGAGGGGACUCUGUGUGCUCAUCCCCUGUAACUUUACUGUUGGUCCUGGUUUUACCUUAACCAAAGAAGCCAUUGGAAUCUGGUAUAAAAUAAAUGUCCCAGUUGCAGCUUCUACUGACUCCUCUCAGUUCCCUGAUACAACAAACGGGCGCUUUAUAUUCACUGGGAAAGUGAGUGCAGGAGACUGUUCCUUCUCUAUCAGUGAUGCACAACCAGGAGAUGCUGCACAGUACCACUUCAGACUUGUGGAUAGAGAUUCUUAUAGCUACAUUGGUAUCCAGCCAAAUGUAUCUGUGACAGACCUAAAAGAACCUGAUAUAUCUCCCACCAAGUAUCUGAUCGCUGGUGAAGAAGUGACUGUGACUUGCACGGCUCCUACAGACUGUCCUGGGCUCUCUCCAACCUUCACAUGGGAAGGAAGUGUAAAUACAGAAAAUACACAGAAUAAUAAAUUGAGGCACCAAGAUAGAAACUUCCCCUACUGGUCAACUAUCACUUUCACUCCAUCACUGAGUGACCAUAAUUCCUCCUUAACCUGCACUGUGACUUAUAAAAAUGAGUCUGCUACAACAAGCAUCACCUUGAAUGUUAUAUGGUUUAAAAUUGAGGCACCAGCAGAGGUGACAGUGCAGAGGGGACUCUGUGUGCUCAUCCCCUGUAACUUUAUUGUUGGUCCUCGUUUUACCUUAACCAAAGAUGCCAUUGGAAUCUGGUAUAAAGGAUAUAAUGGACAUCCAAAUGGUCCAGUUGCAGCUUCUAAUGACUCCUCUCAGUUCCCUGAUACAACAAACGGGCGCUUUAUAUUCACUGGGAAAGUGAGUGCAGGAGACUGUUCCUUCUCUAUCAGUGAUGCACAACCAGGAGAUGCUACACAGUACUGGUUCAGACUUGAGGAUAGAAGUCCUUUAAGCUAUAGCUACUUUGGUAUCAAACCAUCUGUAUCUGUGACAGAUCUAAAAGAACCUGAUAUAUCUCCAAACAAUGAUCUGAUCGCUGGUGAAGAAGUGACUGUGACUUGCACGGCUCCUACACACUGUCCUGGACUCUCUCCAACCUUCACAUGGGAAGGAAGUGUAAAUACAGAAAAUACACAGAAUAAUACAUUGAGGCACCAAGAUGGGACUGUCACCUACUGGUCAAAUAUCACUUUCACUCCAUCACUGAGUGACCAUAAUUCCUCCUUAACCUGCACUGUGACUUAUAAACAUGGGUCUGCUAAGAAAAGCAUCACCUUGAAUGUUAUAUGGUUUAAAAUUGAGGCACCAGCAGAGGUGACAGUGCAGAGGGGACUCUGUGUGCUCAUCCCCUGUAACUUUACUGUUGGUCCUGGUUAUAACUUAACCAAAGAUGCCAUUGGAAUCUGGUAUAAAGGAUAUAAUGGAUAUCCAAAUGGCCCAGUUGCAGCUUCUACUGACUCCUCUCAGUUCCCUGAUACAACAAACGGGCGCUUUAUAUUCACUGGGAAAGUGAGUGCAGGAGACUGUUCCUUCUCUAUCAGUGAUGCACAACCAGGAGACACUGACCAGUACCAGUUCAGACUUGUGGAUAGAGAUAAUCUAAGAUUCACCUUCCUAAAUAUCCAACCAACUGUAUUUGUGACAGAUCCCAAGGAAACGUGUUUGGAUUCCAAAGUGAUUCCUGCAAUGGUGGCUGGAAAUAUUUUCAUUUUAGCUCUGAUGGGCCUGGGAGGUUUUUGGUACCUGAAAAGGACCAGGAAAAUGUCAGAGAAAGGUGAAACAAGAGAAGGUUCCAAGCCAAAGGCUGAAGAGUCUACAUAUGAGACAAUGAAGACUCAAUCUCAGGAUACGUACAGCACAUUGAAUCUGCCAACAAUCAGCAAGACUCACUGAGUGUCUAUCCCCCUCAGCAAAUCACUCAAAUUUACAAUCAUUUUACAAUUAAUUAUUAACUAUAAAGGAAUAUUGAUUUUGGUUUGCAUUAAAGACAAUAACUGUUUUUUCUGUAUCUGUGACUAUUUUGUCACGGAUAAAUUUUUCCACUGCAAAUUUUUCAUGCAGUUUCGCAAUAAAAUUUAUAGAUGCCGAAAUGCCGAAUUUCCAUGGCUGGUGAAAGAAACCUCUCAUCACUACUUCUAAUUUGUGUUUCUGUUAACUGCACCAGCGAAAUGUAGUUUAGUACAUCAGCUGCACAACAUUUAUUGUACUUAAUUGUACAAAACUGUUGAAAUAGAUUCGUGCUUUUUAAUUAUAAUAUUACAUAAUAUUUCA